AUGCUCCCGGCCGCCGCCCCGCGCCCGCCGCCGCUGCUGUGGGCGCCGCCCGCCGAGCCCCCCGCUCCGCCCUGGGCCUGGGUGCUGCCCGCGGCCGCGGGGCUGCUCCGGGUGGGCGCAGCCGCCGCCGGGGCUCCGCCGCCGCCGCCGCCGCCGCCGCCGCUGCUGCUGCCGCCCCCCGCGCUGCUGCGGCCCGGGCCGGGCUGGCGCGGCCCCGCCGAGCCCCCGCUGCUGCCGCUGCUGCCCGCGGCCGCCGAGCCGCUCCUGCACGGCCAGUGGAUAUUUGGAGCUCAUUCCCCGCUCGUAGGAUUUUCCCCUUCUUCCAGCGUGGAAUUCGUCCCGGUGCUCCCGCCCGCGUACUCAGCCGCGGUGCCGAAGGGCUGGAUGGAUAAAAGGCUGCCCAGCUGCAAAAUCUACCUGAACAGCGCCUUUGCCCUGGACCCGGCCUGGAUCCAGCCCGAGGAGCCCCGGCUGCUGCAGGGGGCUGAGAAGCCUCUGCUGCUGAGCAGCCGAGUGGCCCUGGCUGUGGCCAGGCCAGCUGCUGCCUCCAGACCACUGCCCACGCUGCUGCUGGCCCCUCAGCUCCUCCCAGGUGGUUGCCAGAACAGCCUUAAGGCCGUGGGCGGCUCUCCGGGCCUGGCGCUGCUGGCCCUGGAGCCCGCGGCCGCCCAGGGCCCGGGGCCCGGCCCGCAGCCCUGUCCCCUCCUCGGCUGCUGCCCCGCCAAGGCGCCGCUCCUGCCCUCGCCCUGCCCAGGCUCUGCCUCCAGGCUGGACACCGCCGCGGGGCCGCUGCUGCCAGCACAGGUCACCCGUGUCACCGCCGUGACCGCGCCCGCCGUCACCCUGCUGGCCACCAACCUGCUGGAGCCCGUGCGAGCAGAGCGUGGCAAGGAGUCGAGCAGAGCCGCCUGCCCCCCGACGCUGAUCCUGCACACCACGGACAGGAAGAGUGUCCCCAGGGGCAGGGACAGUGGCCAGGAUCACUCCUUCAAGCUCCUGCGUCAGGCUGACAGCGCUUCCAGCGGGAACAAGCCCGUGGCAUCGGCCCCAGUGCCAGGAUCGCCGUGGUGCGUGGUGUGGACUGGCGAUGACCGCGUGUUCUUCUUCAACGCCAGCACGCAGCUGUCGGUGUGGGAGCGGCCGCUGGCGCUGCGGCACCGCGGGGACAUCGCGCGGCUGCUCGAGGACCCCCCGCACAAGCGCAAGCUGGAGGCUGCAGCAACAGACAAGUGUGUUAGCUCUUGUCCGGGGGAUGAAAACGAUGAGCUGAGCAUCAAAACCAAGAGAAAUAAGACAGAGCAGUGCCAGGCUGCGGGCACGGCUGGCGCUGAGGAGGAGCAGGCAGGGGAGGAAGGCUCGGCCCCGCGGCUCUCCCCGCCCCUGGAGGAGAGGAUCACGCACUUCAGGGACAUGCUGCUGGAGAGGGGGGUGAGGACCAGCCCUGCUGGGGCUCAGCAGCUCCUGGAGCUGUGCCCUGGCUCUGGCUCAGCAGCCAGCAGCGCUGGGGCUCUGUCCCUGAGCCCUGCUGGCACUGCUGCUGCCGUGUCCCCCCGCCACCCUUGGGAAUGGGGACCCUUCCAGACAAACCCAGGGACGUCCAGGGGCUCUCCCAGCACGGGCAGGGCUCAGGGGCACCUGGGGCUGCGGGCACUGACCUGUCCUGGCCAGCCCUGGGGUGUCCAUCACCACAAACUCCAGCACUGGGGAGCCAGUGUCACUCACUGCCCAUCCAAAAUCGUGCAAUCACCAGUGCUUUGGGUUGGAAGGAUUCCAAAUCCCACCCAGUGCCACCCCUGCCAUGGCCCCACAUCCCCAGGAUCCAGCCUGGUUUGGGUUGGAAGGAUCAUUUUCGAGCAGUUCGUCAAGACCCGGGUCAGGGAGGAGUACAAAGAGAAGAAGAACAAGUUGCUGUUGGCCAAGGAAGAAUUCAAGAAGCUUCUGGAAGAAUCCAAGCUAUCCCCAAGGACAACCUUCAAGGAAUUCGCCGAGAAGCACGGCCGGGAUCAGCGCUUCCGCCUCGUGCAGAAGAAGAAGGACCAGGAGCAUUUCUUCAACCAGUUCAUCCUCAUCCUCAAAAAGAGGGACAAAGAAAACAGGAUAAGGCUACGGAAAAUGAGAUAAGGGCAGCUGGAGCUGGCAAUAAAGGCAUGAGCCCGGGCUGGGGCCGUGGGAAAGGUUCCAAGGAAGGAGGGACGCCCGGGGCCACCAGCAGCACCCGAAUUCGGAGGAGCCAGGGAAAACCUCUGAACGGAGUCUGGGGAGCGCCCGCUGGAUUUGGGAAGGCUGUGCUGCAGGAAUGGGAAGGAUAUUUUGUUCUCAAAGAAUUAAUGUUUCAUAUUGAAGCUCUCUUUUGUACAACAUCCAGAGUUUGAUGCAUUUCUAAUUGCCAUGAUAUGUCGAUCCCUUAAUUGUUUUAAUUAUGCAAAUUACUUGUAAUAUACACAAGUUAUGACUCCAAUGCAGAUUUAUAAUUAAGCAGAAGCAGAUGCCAUCCAGAGCAAUCUCAAGGCAUUUCCAUCAUUUAGGGGAAUUAUCUCAAGCGAUCUUUUGGCAACUCUGCAUCUCCACCAAGUGUGUGGGCUCUGGUGGUCUGCAGGAUCCGCUCCCGCUGCUCAUCGUCUGUCCAGUCCUGAGUAGUAGUAAUCAGCUGUUAAUUGUUGAUCUUGGUGAAGAGUGUGAAAACCUUGGCACAUGUUCCUUAGGAGAACUCUCCGACCCAGACCUUGCCGUGGGCGGGGUCCCCCUCAGCCUUCCAACCCCAGUUCUGUGCUGAAGCCAUCCCAGUGGGACUUGGGUUCUGUUCCUGUGUGUGAAGAGUCUGCAUGAGAUUUUUCUCAUCCUAUUUGUAUAAAUAAAUAUUUAACUUUUGUAAUUAAGAAGCAUUUCAAGCCUGAUUUCAGGGGCAAAACUUUUUUUGAAGAGUUUUUUGGGGUUUUUUUUUGUCAGAACUCAAGUGGAAAAUGCUGUCAGGGAUGGGGGCAGGGGGUUGUUGGGAUGUCUGUGCAAGGCCUGGGGUUGGACUGGAUCUUUGUGAGUCCCUUCCAGCUCAGGAUACUCUGGGAUUCCAGGAAAUAAUGUGGGCAAUGUGAAGAUGUACAAAGGAUGAUUUUGGGAGGUUUUGGUGGGUUUGGGAUGGUUUUUUUCUCUGCGUUUUAGCCUCCCAACAAGGCUACAGAUGUUUUGGUGGUUGAGCAAGAGUUAAAGCCAUUUUGGCUCUCUUUUUGAAGU